AUGACCGCCGUGUCGAACUUGUGGCAUCUCUUUGGCAAAAGUUUGGUAACUCUGGAUGGAGGCCUGGGUACUACAUUGGAGGAUGUAUUCCACAAGGAUAUAUCCCAUACUCCUCUCUGGUCUGCCAAACCUAUUGAUGGGGACCCAGAAGCCAUCAUCGCGGUACACCUCGCAUUUCUUCGAGCGGGAGCCCGGGUUAUAUUAACUUCGACGUAUCAGUGCGCACAUGAGACCUUCCAUCGCGCAGGAUACACAAGGGAAGACGCUCGAAGAAUAAUGACGAAGGCCGUUAUGCUAGCUGUGGAAGCCAGAAAGCGGUUCUUACAAGAGGAGAACACCGAUACCCAUCCCUCUAUCAAGAUUGCAAUCGCUCUAUCCCUUGGGCCAUUUGGGGCUACCCUAAGUCCGGCUCAGGAAUUCGACGGCUUCUAUCCUCCUCCAUAUGGUCCUCGCGGAUACGAGCCGGACGGCAACAACGUCAAUACUUUCGCAGCCGCGGAAGAAGGUAAGGAGGACUCUGCAAUCCAUGCGCUCUGUCAAUUCCAUUUGGAACGGUUGCUGGUCUUCGCGUCAGACCUUGACGUAUGGAGCAGCAUUGACUGUCUUGCAUUCGAGACGGUGCCCCUCAUCCGUGAGGUGAAGGCUAUCCGCAAGGCCGUUACGGCCUUGUAUCAGGGUCACUCAGGUCCAGGAGCAUCAAAAAAGCCAUGGUGGAUCAGUACAGUCUUCCCGGAUGGCCGCUACCCUCAGGCAAAAUUAUUGGAUGGACGACCAGUACGGGCAGCAGAUGUGGUCGAAGCCGUGUUGGGUCCGGACAACGAUGCGCUGCGUCCCGAUGGAUAUGGCAUCAAUUGUACCGCUAGCACGUUCCUUGCAGGCUUAGUGUCCGAAGCAACAAUCAAGGCGAAAGAGCUCGCCGAUGCGAGAAAAUUGUGGCUGGUGUUAUAUCCGAAUGGAGGCGACACCUACGAUCCAAUAACGCAGAAGUGGAUUGAAGGCAGAGACGGAAAGAAGUGGGAAUGGGCAGAGGAUCUAUACAACACGAUACAGAUUGCCAGACGCAGUGGUUUUUGGGAGGGAAUCGUGGCCGGUGGUUGCUGCAGAACGGGACCGGACGAAAUUCAGGCGUUGGUUGGAAAGCUAUCAAUAGAAUAGAUUCCUUACAUUGAAAUGAAGAAAAGAGCUAAA